CAGCACCCGCGGAGCGAUGGGGUGGCCGGGGGUGCCCCUGGCCCUGUUGGGGCUGUGCUGGGCGGCGGUGGCCGAGCGGCACACGGUGUUCUGGAACAGCUCCAACCCCCGGUUCCUGUGGAGUGACUACACGGUGGAGGUUCGCCUCAACGACUACCUGGACAUCAUCUGCCCCCACUACGAGGAGGGCAGCGUGGACCCCCGGGUCAUGGAGCGCUACACCCUGUACCUGGUGGAGCUCGAGGAGUUCCAGGCCUGCAAGCCCAGCUCCAAGGAGCAGAUCCGCUGGGAAUGCAACAAACCCAGCGCCCUGCACGGCCCCGAGAAGUUCUCGGAGAAGUUCCAGCGCUUCACCCCCUUCACGCUGGGCAAGGAGUUCAGGGAGGGGCACAGCUACUACUACAUCUGUGAGUGCUGGGGAGGGGUCCCCAACGUGCCGGGGAUCGUCACCAGCCUCGUGCGGUUUUGGCUGUUCCGCUGGUACCGGCCGGGGCAGGACAAGUCUUACAGCCCCCUGCCCGCCUGA